AUGUCGAGAAAUGGAGGAAGUGCCUCCUCGGUUGAUAGAAUUAUUCGAUUUCGAAAUGAUGAAAAUCAAUGGAAUAAUGCUGGACAGAUGCUGAGAAAAAUAGCUGGUCACAAAUCAUUUGCUUCUUAUCCUCAAUCUACUGGAGUCGAUAGUUUUGGCUACUUCAACAUUUUCACGAUCGGUGGCGAAGGUGGCAAUGAUAUUCCAAUGCAAAGAUGUGACGAGUACGGUUACUGCUAUAAAGUCGAAACUGAAACUUUUGACAAUCGAGUUGGAGCAAGUAUCAUGCUUUUCAACGCGAACGAAUUUAAUUUGAACUAUCUUCCUCUCUACGAGGAUCACUGUCCCUGA